AUGCUGAAUUCAAUUCGUCUUUCCAUAAUCAAUCAUGCUGAGCCUUCACGUCAACCGCUGCCAGGGACCGAAAAUACCGAUUACGAACUGGACUUCAAGAUUCCCAUGAGAGACGGCCACGAGAACUCAGCUAGGCUUUUCAAGCCUGCGUCGCCAGUGAGUGACAGAGCGACCGUGGUUAUCAUUCAUGGAGGAGGGUUCACAGUUGGCCAUCCCACGCAUGUCAGCCACUACGCUCGAGCGGUAGCGAGGCUCUUUGGGACUACCGUUCUAUGCAUCACCUAUAGACUCGCCCCGGAGUUCAAGUUCCCGACUGCCCCGAACGAUGUAUGGGAUUCUCUGGAGUGGAUAUUUUCCGCCGACAACUCGAGUGCAGCAGCCCUCGGUUCUUACAACAAGGCUAAGUUCAUCAUUGGUGGAGUUUCGGCUGGGGCCAACUUAUCUGCGGUCACGGCUCAAAAGUGGAUUUCUGCUAAGAGAGCACCUAAUUUGGUUGGUGUUUGGUUAAGUAUUCCGUGGCUAUUGGAACCCGAAAUUCUACCAGAGAAGUACGCCGACGUGUGGCUCUCUCGGGACCAAAACGCCAAGGCUCUAGUUGUCGACCAAGAGACUUUGGACGUCGUCAAAGCAUUCUACCAACCUGAUGUCUCCUCGACCGACUUCUCCCCAUUCAACGACAGGAAUGCCCACAAAGGUCUUUCACCUGUAUACCUUCAGGUUUGUGGGCAGGAUCCUCUUCGUGACGACGGCAUCAUUUAUGAGAAGGUGCUGGGGGAUAAUGGCGUACCGACCAAAAUUGAUACGUACCAAGGAGUUCCGCAUGGAUUUGCAGACGUGUUGCCAACUUUCCCACUAGCUCAAAAGUACAUUGCGGACACUAUGAAGGGUUUCGGCUGGCUUUUUGGAGUGGAGACUUCGGAUUCAGAAAUUGCACAGGCGUUUGCACCAGCUUAA